AUGGGAGGCAAUCAGAAGCCGACGGACGACAAAGCCGGGCACGAGGCCGAGAAACAGGCCCGUGCCGAGAUGGAGGUCCAGCUCCAGAAAGCUGGAGAGGAUUCGAACCGAGAGGAGGGCGCCGAGCCGUCCAGUAGCAGGCGGGGGGCGAAGCCUGUCCGUUGGAAUACGGACGUCGACAUCCGGAUGCUGCUCACUAUACAGUGGGCAUGCAACAAAGAGGGGGUGAAGGUUCCUUGGGAGAGGGUGGCAGAGAUCAUGGGUCCGAAGUUUACCGAGGGGGCUAUCGUCCAGCAUCUUGCCAAGCUCCGUACCACGCGAGAGGGCCAAGGGAAGCCUGUGCCUCCCCCGCUGAAACGGAGUGCCGCGCUUGCAAACCGGCGGAGCCAGCGGCAGAAGCAAAGCCCCUCCCGCCCUGGCCACUCAAAGAAACGCCGGCAUGAUAGCCCGGAAGCCUCGGACCAUGAUCUAGGCUACCCUUCCAAUGACAAGCGCCAGAAGAAGGCGGAGCGUGGGGGUCCCUCCGCAUCUGCUCUGACUUCGGAGGCCGAGUCCACUGGCACCGUCCGUCGGACGGUGUCCCAAGGAACCUUUCCCCCGACCCCCAGCCCUGACCAGCCCGACUUUGAAGCUCAAAGCACCCUUGACUUCACCUCAAUGUGGUUCAACUACCCAGGUGAAGUUCCAUACGGGGGGGUACAAUUCCCCUCGAGCGGCCCGAGCCCCUUUGCGCAGGUAGCUCAACCAAGCCUGCCAGAUCCUUCUGACAUGGUAGCUCCUCAGUACCAGGCCGAGUCUGACACUCUGGGACUGGCCACCCUCCGUGAACCGGAGGAGACCAGAUUAACCAGUCCUGAGGAGGAUCUACUCGAGCACUGGCUGAAGGUGGCUGAGGAGAUGGAAUAG